AUGGGUCGACAAGCAAAGAAGAGAUCAAAACGAGAAGAUGAAAAGGCCCCAGAUGGAUCCCACCUGUCCUUGGUGGUGGGGAAUGAGCCAGACACCUCGGUUCUAUAUAGCCAGAUUUCCAGUUUGACCACAGAUCACCAGAUUCUCACUUGCACUCAGGAGGAUGCCUUUGAGAUGUGUAACAACAGAAGUUAUCUCCUGAUAUGGCUCCUGAUGACCAUGCCUGCAGGACAAGAUAUUCUUAGUCUUACUACAUCAAUCAGGUAUGCAAGUAAGUGCAACAGAGGAACCGUGUUAAUUGGUGUUUCCACCAGCCCUUCUGCAGUUGACUUAAGACUUCAUGGCAUAGAUGAGGUAGUCAUCCAACCAGUAUCCACACUGACCAUCAGGCAGAAGUACUCUAAAUGGACAUCAGUGGAGCUGGUGGCAGAAGAAUCAGACAGUCUGAAAGAUCUGGACAGCCAUAUCAUCUCCUUGCCAGCGACCCCUGCUACACCUUUGACCCCUAUGUCCCCUGACACUCCAGCUACACCUGCAACUCCAGCCUCUGUCUCUGAUGAUAGUUCACACUUCAGCCUAUCUCUGGACAGUGGCAUUGAUUCUUUGGUGUCCACACCUCAAAUGACCCCGGAACAGGUUAGCUGUGCACUGUCAGGACUAACCAAUCUACAGGCACCAAUCAGCAAACCUAGGCAGCACUCCAUUGUUGCUGACCACACCACAAAAGAAAAACUGAGGAGAGAACGUAUCAAAGACAGUUGUGACCAGCUGCGGGUCCUGCUCCCUUAUAUCAGGGGCCGCAAAACUGACAUGGCAUCCAUCCUGGAAAUGUGUGUUGACUACCUUAAAAUAGUAAAUGCAGCUCUACCACAGCAAUUCCAAUCACAGAUUGUUGAUGUGCUAAGUAAGGACACCACAUCCACAGUUGGACGACCAAGAGGAUCAACUUCAAAAAAAAACAAACGGGGUUCCCAGUUUUCAGAAUCUCCCUCUGCAAACUUGGUAUCAUCCACUGUCGAGUCAGAUAAAACUGGAUUUGAUAGUUCUACACCAAAAACAGAAGCAGGAUCAUUUAACUUUUCAAUUGGAGAAACAGAAGCCAGCAUACUGAAGCGAGAGUUACCAAAGACAUUACAUGAAUCAAAACCAAACAAGAAGUUUUGCCUUCAGCCUCUAUCUGACCUUCAGAGUGUGUGUGCAUCCCCUAUCCAGGCUCUCCCUUCCUUUGAAAACAUCAGGAUUUCCCGACAGGAAAGCACCAGUCUAGAUCAGUCAAACAGCACGUUUCCGUACCAGUCCAUGCAGAUGCCACACACCUCCACUCUCUAUGACUAUGAUUCAACAGUUGGGGGGCGUGUCCUCAACACAUCACAUGACCCUUUUUCAUCUGCAACAUUUUUUAAUCCUCCCAUGUCGACAAAACAAACUGGUGUUGAUCGAAAUGACACAUUUGGACUUUUUCUUGACACCCAAUCAUUAUAUCAAUACUAUGGAAACAGUAACAUAACGGCUACCUAUAAUGUCAGCCGUAGCUCGACACCAGAUUAUGUCAAUCCCAAUGCCGUUCUCUCUGUGUCCUACCAUGAUAAACUAAAGUUGGAGGCACAGAAAUAUGAUGAUCAGGUUAAUCUAGUCACAUCUGCCAACAUUUCACCCAGUCUGCCUUCCACAAACAUCAUCUCUGUGGCCAAAUAA